UUUUUACUCUUUAUAGGAAAAGUCCAGGCCUCUCGUGUGUACAGUGUGUGGAUGGAGUUCUCCUCCUGGCCUGCAAGUGUCGCUGUGUCGUUUCAGCGGCGCCUCCUACGGCUAGAGAGCAGCAGCGCUCUGUCGUAUUUGCCUUUUAAUAUAUUUCUGUAUUGUGUGUGUAUGAAGUUGCUGAUGGCUGAUGGCAGAGGGCUGUAGGAGCUGUGCGGACUCAGAGCUCAAGCGGAAAUCAACGACAAAGAAACCACAGCGGAUUUAUUUCUAGCUCUAAAAGCUCGUUGGCUGAAGGAAAGUGAAUGUGUCGGUGAGCGGCUCGUCCUCGCAGCUGAGCGGAGAUCAGCCUGUAUUGUGUUGUGGUGUGUGUGUGUGUGUGUGUGUGUGUGUGUGUGUGUGUGUGUGUGUGUGUGUUGUUGAUCGGUGUUCUGAGCGGCCGAAUGGACGAGCCAGGCUUUAAUAUGACCUAAGCGUCUUCUCUCCGGAGAUGUCACUUAACACCGCGCUGUGUCUGCUCCCAGCACAGGUCAAGUGAUAGGCGGUAUGACUGAGGAGAAAUGUCCUCAGUUGGUGGAUUAUUUUGUGGUGGCGGGGCUGGCGGGUGAAUCGGCUCCACCAGACGAUGAAUGCCAGCAGAGAGGCGGCCGUGGUGUAGAGCCCAUCAGCGAUCUGGCUGUGAUCGCCCGUGGCCUUGGAGAAGAGGUGCCUGAAGGUUUCACAUGCAUCGAGAAGACACUGGGGGGCCAUCCAGCUGAGCUCAGCGCCAGCUUCAUCAACAACCCACACAUGUUCCUCUGCUACAGACGCAGCCAUGACAAACCUCCUAUUGUGGAGCUUGGUGUGCUGUUUGAAGGGAAAGAGGCAGUGAAGCAGGGUUGGUAUGUGAUUGAGACAACCCCGUACAGCCGCUGUGCCAGUCUGAGCUCAGGAGGCCCUGCCACCCAUAAGACGUUCCUCAUGUACCGGCGUGCCCCUGACUCGCAGGCCUUAAACACACUGGGGGUGACUGAUAUCUCGAUACUCAUGCCCAGUAAGGGAGAAGUGGCACCACACACCUUCUGCAAAGUUGACAAGAACCUGAACACUGGAAUGUGGGGCCCGGCUCUGUACCUGUGCUAUAAGCGGGCUGUCGCAAAAGCCAACGCCCUUGUGUAUGAGGCAGGGCUGAUCAGUCGUUACCCCGAGCAGGAUCUUGAGUCGUUUGCAUUGCCGGACUCAGUCCCUGUCUUCUGUCUGCCCAUGGGCGUCACUGUAGAGAGCUGGCCACUUAAUACUAAGUACCAACUCCCUGUCUUCUCCACCUUUGUUCUCACCGCUGCGUCUGGAGAUAAGGUUUAUGGAGCUGCUAUCCAGUUCUAUGAGGCGUACCCACGGGAGGCUCUGUCUGAAAGGCAGCAGGUGCGGCUUGGGCUGGUCAGUGUAGUAGACCGUCGACCCAUCACCAACCGCAUGGUGCAGGUGAAGAAGAGCGUGUGUGUGCUUUCGCACUGGCCGUUCUUCACCGUCUUCCAGAAGUUUCUCACUUUCAUCUAUCGCUAUUCCAUCUCUGGACCUCAUGUACUGCCCAUUGAGAAGCAUAUCUCCAGUUUCAUGCACAACGUGCCCUUCCCUUCACCGCAGCGACCGCGCAUUCUAGUACAGCUGUCUCCAUAUGAUAACCUCCUACUGUGCCAGCCAGUGUCCUCACCCUUACCACUGAGCGGUGCCAGCUUUGUAAAACUUCUACAGAAUCUGGGGCCGGAGAACGCAUGUACCCUGCUGUUGGCUGUUCUCAUUGAGCACAAGCUGCUGCUACAUUCCCUCCGGCCAGAUGUGUUGACCUCCGUCAGUGAAGCCCUGGUGUCGAUGACAUUUCCUUUGCGUUGGCCCUGUCCUUACAUCCCAUUAUGCCCGCUACGGUGUGCAGAUGUGCUAUGUGCCCCAAUGCCCUUCAUCGUGGGUGUUCACUCCAGCUAUUUUGACCUGUACGACCCUCCUUCAGAUGUGGUGUGUGUGGACCUUGACACCAACACUAUUUUCCAAUCAGAAGACAAGAAACCCUUUUCGUGGAAAUCUUUACCCAGGAAACAUGCAAAAAUCCUACUCAACUCACUCACCCACCUGCACAAAACGUUGGAGAAAAUCUGUACCCCUGGUCAAGAGGAGGCCACUCUGGAGUUCUUGCUGACAGAUUACGAUCUGAUCUAUGGACGGCAAAAGCAGCUCGAGCUGGAGAUCCAGGAGGCCUUUUUGCGCUUUAUGAGCUGCCUUCUAAAAGGCUACCGCUCCUACCUCCUGCCCAUUACCCAGGCCCCCUCGGAUAGAACCACUGACUGCAGCUCCCUUUUCAAUUUGCAAGGUUUUUUAAAGUCUCGAGAUCGGACACAGCAGAAGUUUUAUUCGCUCCUCACCAAGACUCAGAUGUUCACACAGUUUAUAGAGGAGUGCUCCUUUGUCAGUGACCGACAUGCAUGCCUUGAAUUCUUUGACGAGUGUGUUCAAAAGGUGGAUGUGGAGAAGCCUGAGGAGGUGAGGCUGAUAGAUCUUGAUGAGACUCACAGCGGAGAGCACACAGUGUUUAUUAUGCCGCCAGAGGAGCCACAAGAAGCUGACGGCUCUGAAUGCCCUGCACUCUACAGCUACGAGACGUUUCCUUUGUUGCAUCCCGAGUUCUUUGACCGGCCUCUGGAUCAGCUCCGUAUCACGGCAAAGGGAAGUGCCCCCAACAGCCCCGCCCCUCGCCGAACCAAACAGGAGAUCAAGCUGGCACAGAAAUGUGCGCAGAAAUACUCUGCAGUACCAGACAUGUGGUCUAAGUGUCUGCUGGGUCACUGUUAUGGUCUGUGGUUCAUAUACCUGCCCACCUUUGUCCGGGCUGAGAGCACCAAGGUGCGGGCACUGCACACUGCCUACGAGGUGCUCAAACACAUGGAGACACGGAAGGUAGUGCUUCCUGACGAGGUGUGCUACAGGAUCUUAAUGCAGCUUUGUGGGCAGUACGGGCAGCCUGUGCUUGCUGUCCGGGUCCUGCUGGAGAUGAAGAAAGCAGGAAUCAUUCCUAACACCAUCACAUAUGGCUACUACAAUAAGGCUGUGCUGGAGAGCAAGUGGCCAUCCACCAAUCAGGGAGGUCGCCUUCGAUGGGCCAAGCUUCGCAACGUCCUUUUGGCUGUGGCACAUUUCAGGCAACCAAUCAAACAGAGACAAAAGAGCGACUUCUUCAGCCCAAAUCAAGGUAACUGUACUCUUCACCCGCACUCCACUCUUAUACGCCAGACCAGCUGGAGCGGUUUGAGUGAAAGUUCAAGCCAUGAAUCCUUGACUGGUCCCAUCACUAAGAGCAACAGUCUAAGCAGUAUGCGUCCUGAUAAAUCUAAGCUAGCUAGAAAAGCAAUGCUACAAAAUAAAAGCACUGAUGACCCGGCCUCCCGCAAACCCCCCAUCAGUCCUCGGGAUAUGGCUACACCCUCCCCAGUUCCUCCUGAUGAUCGUGUUAGAGUGCGGCGCAGUGAGGUCUGCUUGUCCACCUUUUACAAAGAGUGGGCAGAGACAGAUACGGACUGCAGGUGCGAGCCAGAGAGAGAUGGCAGAUCCACAGAGCAGCGGGAAACACUGAAUCGCAAGGCAGUAGAUGAGAACUAUAAUAACGUGCUGUCCCCGAGUCGUGGCCUGGCAGGCAAACUGCAGCAGCUUCUCACACCCACACGUAAUAGAAACUCAUCACGCCGUGCAGCCAGUGUAGACGAGCGACGGCCUGCCACUAACGGUCCGUCACGCAAAUCAUCUGAACAGAGGCAGUCUCGCAAAUCACAGGUGGCCGAGACACUGCUGAAAGCCAAAGAGCGACUCUACAAUGCCACCUCUGAGAGCUCAUUGUCUGUAGGCAGUGACAUUGACCUGUCAGACCCUCCAAAUUCUGGUUUUUCACUCAGGAAGUCAUGGGAUCCUACACAGGAAGGGGUAGGGCUUGAGGUGUCUAUGUCGAGCUGUACGCUGUGCCGGAGCUGUAACUCACUGGUUUAUGAUGAAGAGAUCAUGGCAGGCUGGACAUCAGAUGACUCCAAUCUGAACUCCAGCUGCCCAUUUUGUUUGGCAUCAUUCGUACCACUGCUUAACGCAGAGAUCUGUGACGUCGGGACUGUCAGCAGCAGUCAGUAUCACUGUAACUGGAACAUAGGGGAUGAGGUGGAAAGUGCGGCGAGGCCCCCUAGUGGUCAAGAUGGCUUUCUGCAACAUCUGUAUAACGGUGUGACCGAGCAUGACUCUAGUUCAGAGACCAGCACAUACUCUGAGAACAGCAGUAAUACUCUAAGCUCAUCUUUGGGUGGUACGCCUCAGGUAACAGUGGCAUACCUGAGCCCUCUGGUCUUGCGUAAGGAGCUGGAAAGUCUUUUGGAGAACGAAGGAGAGAGCGUUCUCUCUCAGGUGCAGUUACUGGACAGCCACUCCAUCCUUUUCUGGAAUCUGGUGUGGUACUUCACUCGCCUUGGUCUCCCCAGCAAUCUGCUGCAACUGGUGCGGGCCUCUCCGCUAGCGUCACAGAUUUCACAGAGCCUCGAGAGCACUUCAGUAAGGGUGAGGUUACUGUGGGAUAUCCUGACGCCUGAUACGGAUUACUGGCCUCCACUCUAUAUGAUCUGGAGAAUGCACAGUGGAGUCCCUAUGCGUAACUAUGGUUGGCGCAGACACAACCACCCCUUCUCACUGAGCUUUCUGGAGGAAGUCCUGCGCUGUGUCGGUAUGAAUGAGGUACACAAGGCCAUCACGUUCUUCCUGGACACCAUUGGCAAGCAGCCAGGCACUCCUCGGACACAGAGGAGCUUGUACAGGGAAUUUCUGUUUCUUACAUUAGCUGCUAUGGGCAAAGACCAUGUUGCUGCUUUUGACAAAAGGUACAAGGCUGCCUGUGCCAAGCUGAGCAGCUCCAUGGGUCGAGAGGAGCUGAGGAGGAAGAGAGCUCAGCCACCCAGCGCCAAAGCUGUGGACUGCAGGCGCUGUUUCCUAGUGCCCCUGGACUGCUGAGGGUCGAAACACACUCACACAGCUGCUCCACAGCUGGGACACUCCUCUCUCUUUCAGUGACUGCCUCCUGCAAUUAUCCCUUCAAAGUCAGUCCUAAGUUGGCCUCAAGUUUCACACGUCUCCAUAAAACAGUCAGCGGAUCAAUGUUCUGAAGCCCUUUUUCUCCUGACGCACUGCAGCUUAUGCACAUGGUACUUCCUGUAGAACUCACUGGGAGAGGAGAUAGCUAUUCUCUUUCUCAAGAAUAGAUUAUCUUGUUUUUAUUUGCCUCAGUUAUUUUUUUUUCCUGAGCAGAUCUUUCUAUUUGUAGUAAAGCAGAAAUCUAGACAUUCACCGCUGAGCUGAGUCUUCUCUUUCGCCAAGUAACAAACGAGGCACCGCAGUCAUGGUUUAGUGACAUUCUGAUCUAUGCAUUGAGCAGAUCAUCGUCAUACCAGCAUCACAGUAUGUACCAUUAGUUUCACAGACAACGCCCGUCAUCCCAUUAGUCCUUAAGUGUAAACAUUCUGUAAUCCUGCCUCUGUGACGUGUAUGUGAGUUUGUGUUUGUAAUUGUAUCGUAUCAGACAGCCUCUGUUUAAAAACCAUUUAUGUUGCUCUCUCUUAUAGCCUCUCUCUAUGUUAGGUCUUGCCGACUUACUCGCUACUCGUGUUUAACUGUGCCUCUAGCGAUUAGGCUGUGAGAGAGGAACUCGCGGUCCUCUACAACACUGGGGGUAAAAAUGAAGGCUGACGGCCACUAAAGAGGAGGAACCGGUACGGACUGAGUCUGGGAUGCCGAGGGCAUUCAGCUAAAAAUAGGAGCACAGAGGUGAUGGUUAUAACUGGCAACCCAAAAAAAAAAAAAAGCACUGAAGACUGAAUGCUUGGGUACAGUGCAAUGAAGCAGAGUAUACAAAGGUUAUGGACGGUGCCCUGCUACAGACUCGUAAAAAAAAAAAAAAAAAAGACUAAAUGGAAUUUGCUUCUAUUAUUUGUUCUAUUUUGGUAUUUUUUACUUGUUUGCAGUCUGAUUUAUUUGUUUUAAACACGUGUGUGGUGUGUAUGAGUUUUGCUAAUGUGUGUGGGCAGCUUUCAGUCAUCCAGAUGUUUAGAGCAAAAAAAAAAAGCCUUAGAUUUGCAUUUUUCCCUUGUUUAAAUGGACCCUUACCUCCUGUUAAACCCUAACCCAUGAGACGAUGGGCAGCACGUGCAGAAAUGCACCAAUUAAGAACACGGUUCUCCAGCUUGAAACAGUGAGAUGUCUCCACCUCCUGAAGCCGGAUCUUGCCUGACCUUGGGGUGUUAGUAGAAUGGUGGUAUACGCUAGUGAUUACACCGGUACGGUAAUUCACCCACAAAGUUCUAAAUCACCUGGCUACAGAGUGCUGCUACACCACACGCUUUUGCUUAAAGCUUUACUUUUACUGGAUAACUGAACAGCUUUGUGUGUGUCUGUUUGUUUUUGUGUGUCUGUGUGUUUGUGCUUCUUCAGCUGUUUCUGCCUUUUUGUGAAAUGCUCCAAGAGGCACAUACACACCCAGUUCGCUCCCCAGCACUGUGUAGGACUGUCAAUUCUAUCUAUCGUACUCGCACAACCACUCAGUAAUACCCAGAGAUACAAACAUUAUUGUUAAAUCCAUUCAACACAGACAGACUGAACUACAGAUCAUUUAAUAUCAGCAGAAGUGUUAAACUGACUCCAUGAUCACUCUGAACAGUGACACUUUUGAACUGGAUUUGAAUGAGCGCGAAUCCUCCUCCCUGAUGGCCUUAUUAUAGCUUCUUUCACACUUUUUGGAGGGCUGUCAUGGUGCCAGUGCUUCUUUCCACAUAUAAACAUUCAUCUCUACUGCUGAUCUAAAAGCAGCUGGUCGAUGUAAUGUUUCAAACGAACAAAGUGCUUAGGUACCUGGUAGUACAUGAGUGCCAAGGUUGUCUGAAUUCUCCAUCACUGUGGCUUCUGUCUAUUUAGCAAUAGGGUUAAUAGGAACAUCUGUAGAUAAUAUAUUUUUUUCUUCCUCAAUCUGUGCUACAAAGUUCAGCCUUAUAAUGUGACAAUGGCCUUUAAAAUGUCCUUCACGGUGUCUUUUACCUCCUCUUUUAAUUACUUGCUUUUGUUUUGUGUCUGUUCUGUAUUUUUUUGUUUUUUGUCCCUCAAGCUGUCUGUGGUAUCGUUUAUAAUUCAACUCUUAUGUGUCUUGUACGUUUCAAGCAGUGAAGCACAUAUAUGUUCCUGUGUGAGGCAAGUCACCUUAUAAUGAGCGAUAUAGUUUGUGAACGAGUCAUUACAAAGGUGGAAAGCUGUGAUUAAUAGAACUAUAAUCAUUUCAGUAUGAAAAGGUCAUGAUAGUAGCAAUAUGUUAUGUAAUGUUAGUCAUAGGACAGAAAUCUAACACUGACAUUACUGUUUGAAAUUAGCUACAGGUAAAAAAAACAAAAAGGGGGGGGGGGGGGUGUAAACAAGUUAACAGUAUGUUCCUGGUUAGGAAUGAAGUCCUCUUUCUUGCCCAUUUGUUGUGCUGUGUUGUAUAAUGAUGACCAGCAGGGGACAGCAUGCCAAAGGGAGAAAAUAAGGUCUGCAGUGAUUUCACUGUAUUUUAAUGCAUCUGACUGCAACAUGAGGAAAUCAGAGUUAGGACAGUUUUUAUUUUUUAAAAAUGACGUGAAAAAGAAAUAUUUGCAGAGCUAUAUUUAAGAUGUUUUGUGUUUGCUGUAGUAAUUUAUAUAGAUGUGAGUUCUGUUGUGAAUUGUUUUUCUAUGUUUAAAAAGAAAACACCUUGUGGGUGUGUUUCGUUUGAUUUGAUUGUGGAAAUGGUGGAUUGGUUUGGCCAUGGUGUAACAGCAUCCAAAAUGUGACCUGACAACAUUAAAGUCCCUCGGAAAUGACUGUAAA